AUGGACGACGAGGUGGAAGAAUCGGAGGCUUUCGAUUUUGUCAAUCCCAACUGUCCGAAAGCGUGGGUCGUGGCCGGCACUGUGCUCCUGAUUGUCGCUAUCGUUUUGGCUUGUGUCAGUGCAGCCGUACCGCAGCGUCUGGAGGUUGAGCCCACCGUGACCGGUUCUCUCAUGUCUGGUUUGCAGAGCUCAUUCAAGUCCGGAUACUUGGAGAUUUGUUUUGCUCAAGGCAAGUCAUCCGUUCGGUUCUGUUCGAUUUCUACAAUUUGA